AAAAUAAAUAUGUUUUUAAAUUAUCUUGUACGGAAUCGGUUUUAGAAGCGGUUUCAGUUUAUUUUAUUAGGUACGAUUUUCUUUUCUUAAUUUAUGCUCUGACACCAACACGCGCCAUUAUCAGUCAAUGGGGAGCAGCUGCUUUCAUUACAAAUCGUAAUAUUUUCAACUUGUAAAAACACUGCUUCAAACAAUCUCAGGUUUAAGUGUAGUUCCGCUAGACAACCGUGACAUAAACUAUUGUGAAGGCAGUGCAAUAAUAGAAAGCUGAAGAGAGAGCCAAGGAAGAUAAAACUCAAAGGCGCUUAUCAUCUUUAGUUGCAAAACGAUAUCACUUGGCCAAAUCGUUCACACUAAUCUGCAAAUUUCAAUGACAAUAAAACCUCGUCACCCGGGUAUCAAUAUUAAUGGGCUGUAGAAUUGAGCAGUUGAAGCUGCUCGGAUCUGAGGGAAUUUUCAUCAACGACCGCAUCGAUGUACAUGGCGGAACAACAUCUGAAGUUUUCUGCUCUCGAAGGACGAAGAUUAUUCGAGCAUUGCGAAGAACAGGGUGCAAUAUGAUAAUCAACUCUUGGAAUAGAGAACAUUUCUCGAGAAGGAAAUUGAAAUCGAUAUUGGUGGCGUUGGCAAUCCACACAAACUCCAUUUCAGUCGGCAUGUCACAAGGCUUCUCAGCAGUUUUACUUCCCCAACUGGAAUCGAACAGGAGCAGUAUUCAAGUGGAUAGUGAAGAGGCUUCAUGGAUAGCAAGCCUUGGCGUAAUUUCUACUCCAGGAGGAGCACUAUUUUCUGGUAUGCUUGCAGAAACUGUUGGACGCAAGACCACCAUCCAGAUAACUGCCCUUCCGUUCCUCAUUGGAUGGGUUAUGAUGGGUCUUUCAAAUGACAAAAUAUGGCUAUACAUAGGAAGAUUUGUCACUGGUUUUGCAAUUGGAAUGGCAUCGACAUGCUAUGUUUACUUGGCAGAGAUAAGUCUACCAAGUGAGAGAGGUAUGCUUGCAGCAUUGGGACCCGUUUUUGUUUCUUUUGGUGUACUCUUGGUCUACCUCUUUGGCUACAUGAUGGAAUGGCACCUUUCAACAGUAGUGUGUGCAGCAACCGCAGCUUUUAGUUUCUUCAUCAUCUACUUCUUGCCAGAGACACCACCAUGGCUAGCAUCUAAAGCAAAGUUUUCUAGAGCUAGUGACACAUUACUUCUACUGAGGGGUAGUAAAGAAGCAGCAGAAGCUGAGAUGAGGCAAAUUCUUCAUUCUGUUGACUGCAAAAAGGGUCUUCAAUACAAAGAGUACUUAGGUCAAAGCAAAAAACCCACAGUUUGGAAACCAUUUCUGAUAUUAGUUUUUUUUUUCCUCUUUCAAGAAGGAUCUGGAAUGUACAACAUUGUCUAUUAUGCUACUAAUAUAUUCCGCGACAUAGGACCAGUACUGGACAGCUCAGUUGAGUCCAUUAUUGUUGGAGUUGUACGUCUUGUCACAAGCAUUGUUGGAACUUUUUGUAUACAAAAUUUUGGUAGAAGACCAAUGGCAAUAACAUCGAGCAGUAUAAUGGGACUCAGCAUGGCCAUAGCAGCAUUCUAUAACUACAAAUAUGGAAAAGUAGAACUAGAGGACCGUCCCAGCCCUUAUGUGCCGUUCGCUUGCCUUGUAGUAAAUGUAAUUGCCAGUAUGCUCGGAAUGUUACAGCUUCCAUGGCUCAUGAUUGGUGAGCUGUUCCCUCUGUCAGUAAGAGGAAUACUUAGCGGAAUUGUUUCAUCACUCGGUUACUUGUUCAUUUUCGCCAUAAUUAAAAUUUAUCCAAAUUUGAUGGAAACAUUAUCCCUGACUGGCAUGAUGACACUCUUUAGCAUCAUUUCGUUACUGACUGUACCUUAUGUAAUAUUCUUUCUUCCUGAAACUCAAGGGAAAACGCUAAUGGAUAUAGAACAUUCGUUUCUUCCAAAACCAGCAUCCAAAGAAGAAGCAGAUAUAAAAAGAUCUCCAUUAGAAACAAAUGUUGAUCCUGUAUAUAUUUUAAAAAUUUAAGAAGUGUUUUUAAAAAUAAAUUAAAAUGCUGUUGUACAUAUAUUUAGGAAUCAAGUUCCUCUAGUGUAAAUAUUUAUUAUUUAUAUAAUACCAGAGACGAUAUUCAAAGUAACACAAUAUUUUGCAGUAAUAAGAGCAACUGAUGUAGUUCAAUUUUUACUGAGUUUGAUAUGGAUUGUACUUGUGAAUAAGUUUACAUCAGUUGUAGGCUGUGAUUUUAGAAUAAGAUAUUAUUACAAUAAAAAAAGACCGUCCAAAGAAUGACAUUAUUAUACUUGAUAUUAAUUUGUCAAUUGUUAUUAUUAUAAAUAGUCAUCAUAUUAUAUCAUUCUUUUGUUAUAAUUGUUUGUAUAUUUGCUAUUUUGUGCAAUGAAAGUAAUAUAUUUAAUUAUAAAAUAUAAGCAUAAUAAUUUGUAA